UGCUCGCGCGGGAGAAAGAAUGUAAACAUUGUACACCCCCGGGAGUUAAUUAAUCCUACCAAGGCUCAAUAAAAGUAGUUUCAGCGUUCUCUAACUGUUGCAUUGCUCUCGUAUUUUAGUCUAAACUGUCCGCUCUCCAACAUGUCACUUGCCCAACUUCCUGCUGCUACUGUGAAACUGAUCACAAGUUCUCAAAUUAUAACCUCCACCUCAAGCGCUGUAAAAGAACUUUUUGAAAAUGCUCUGGAUGCAGGGGCUACCUCCGUCGAAGUAAAAUUGAUAAAUUUUGGCUUGGACCGCAUCGAGGUUAAGGACAAUGGAUCUGGAAUUAGCAAAGAAAACACUACCUGCAUGGCACUUCCACAUUACACCUCUAAAAUUUCCAAUUUCACUGAUUUAGAGACACUUCAAACAUAUGGAUUUCGAGGUGAAGCUUUGAAUGCCUUGUGUCGGGUUGGACAAGUCACACUGACAACUGCUACAGCUUCCGACCCCAUGGCUACGGUUUAUACAUUGGAUUCGUCUGGAAACAUUUGUGGGACUAAACCAUCACAUCAUGUUCAAGGUACUACAGUGACAGUGUCAAAUCUCUUCAAAAACCUGCCAGUUCGACGCCAGCUAAUGGGUUCUAGUCGCAAAUCACAGGAAGAAUUAAAACAAGUUGAGUCUGUUGUGAAAUCUCUUGCAGUCAUCAAACCCAACGUCCGUGUUACUCUUUCUCAUAAUAAAUGUCUCAUAUGGCAAAAGACACAGUGCUCAAAUUUAUCAAAUUCUUUUGCCCAACUUGUGGGCUAUUCAACAAGUCAACAGAUGGAAAUGCUGUCCUUAAAAGUCAAUGAAGAGAUUUCUGUUGAAAUGCUUGUUCCCAAAAGGAACUGUGACAUUUCUAUGUUAGCUAAGUCAACUCCUGUUUUCUCUUUCAUUUUUGUAAAUGAAAGACCUGUGUUAAACAAAAAACUUAUCAAGGUCCUCCAUCAACAGCUAACAGUUAAAUUUAAAGACAAUUUCUCUCCCAGGAAAUUUGCAGUCUGUAUGUUUUCAAUAAGUGUAAUUCCAUCCAGUGUUGAUGUCAACUUGGAACCAAACAAGACUAAAGUUUUAAUUAAAGAUGAGGAUGUAGUUUUGAGUGAAAUUGAAAAGCAGCUUCAAAUCUACUACAGUGUUCCAUGUCCUGAAAAAGAAAUUGGUCCAAAUGAACCUGUGAGAGAGAAGAGGGAAGAUCUUGCCCAUUCACCACCAUUAUUGGAUUCUGAUGAAAGUGGUCCUACAAAGAAAAGGAAACUGGAAGAUGAAGAUACUUUGGAUGAUCUAGCAGUUUCAGCUGCACAUAAAACUCACCAGUUACCAGAAACUAAUGAAGCAUUGGAUUCGCUGAUAGAGUUAAUGGACUCAGACAAUGACUUUCUGGUAGCUGAAUCUGAAACAAAAAGAGUGGAGCCUGAUGAAAAAACUUCUCAGAGUUGUCAGCCGACAGGCAUAAUAGAUGAUAGACCUCAGAAGACGCAUAGCAAUAACAGUGAAUUUACAUUCUCCAGUGCUUGCUCUGUGACAGAAGCUUCUAGAGAAAAAGAAAAACUUGUCGACGAAGAUUUAAGAGACCCCAUGGAAGCUGAACAUUGCCACAUCAACAAUGAUGAUGCUGAUGGUGCUGUUUCUGCCUCAAAUCAUUUUGAACAACAGAAAUCAAAAAUUAACUCUGAAAGAAUUCAGGCUGAGCAAAUUCCAAAUGCAAAUGAACUGGGCAGUUUAUGGGAGGAUGUUUCCACUAAUGACAUUGAUGACAUGAGUGUGUGUCUUGAUGCCUUAGAAUUUGCGCCUGAGGCCUCUGCAGCAGACAAGUGCAAUAGGGCAGUGAAUGGACAAGGAGCUGGCAUCGUCGGAACAGUAGAGUGGAGCAUGGGGCAUGUGAGUCUACCUAAGGGGGACACCAUGAAGGGCUCUGGUGUUCUCAUUGGAAAACAACCAAGAAAUGCAGCUGAUAGGGAGGAAGUGGACACUGGUACAUACCAAGUGAAGCAGUUGGAUAUGUCUCCCACUGCGGCAUCUGUUGAAGACCAUCUCGAUGGCCCUUCUAUGGAAAGACACAACAAAACCACGUCUCUGAAGCUUGAAAGCCCACAGAAAAGUCCUAAGGCUUUCCUCUCACCAAAAAGUCCAAGUUUUGUUAGGUCUUCUGACCAUCUCAAUAAGACUUCACCGGGGAUGGAUAGUUCACUUCAGAGUGUUAGCAGUCAAAUGGGAAGAAGAGAGUUAGCUGCUUUCACCAAAUUUGCACGUGAAGCUCGUCCUCAAAUCAUCCUUGAAAAUCCUGGUAUUGCCUUUACACAUGUUGCAACAAUGCUGUCAGAUAAAUGGCAAUCCCUUUCUGAUACAGAAAAAGAGCACUAUGAAGAAAUUGCAAGAAAGACAGCUACUACAAAAAAGAUUUGGAAGACUGCAGAUAAACAGAAGAAAUUGGAGUGGGUGAAAAAGCUUCCAGAAAAACAGAAGAUUGCUAAGCCAUCAAGGCCCCCAAGGAAAGAAACACUAAACAGUAUAAGUGUAGAUGACAUCAGAGACAAAGUCUCUAAGGCAUCCUUGUCAAUUGAGAGAGGUCAACAAUUUUAUGAAAGCAAGUCAGGUAUUUGUCUGCUCGGACAGCUUGAGCCAAGCGGAACUUGGGUUUGUUUAGAAAAGUCUGUGUUGAGUAUCCUGAACCAUAGUCGAUUGCAAGAAGUGGUCAUUAAUCAUCGGCUCUUGAGCACAUAUGCUCUUCCAAUGAUACCCCUUCCCUCCAUUCAGCGUUUGGACCCAGUAAUUUUGGGUGAAGCAGCUUGGAAAGUCCUGGUGUCCCUCCCAUGUAAAUUUGACGAGUUAAGGCAAACCAGGGUUAUUUCUGCUGAUAUUAUUGCGAAAAAUGGUUUUAAAAUUGAGAUGUCCGGAGAUAAUCAACAUGCCAACCUAACCGAGGUGGCUCAGGCACUGAAUUAUUAUGGUGUGAAAGAACUCAAAGAGACACUAACACUUGGCAGUACUUGGUCUGUAGUAGAAUUAUUUGAUUGUCGCCCCCUCCGUGUGGCCAACCACAUCAAGAGUGAAGCAAUGAGAAUUUGUCGUAAAUCUCCAACAGCCCUGAGCCGAACAAUGGUUGAAGAACUUUUAGAGUACUGGAGAACUGUCAUGCUCCCUAAAGAUGUCAACUGCCUUCACGCCAAACCAAUUAUGGCCCCUUUAUACAACCUUGUUGAAAAGGCCAAGUUGUGUCCGUAAAUCUAUUUUACACUGUUUAUUUAUCUAGUUUUAAAAUGAAUCCAAAGUUUAAUUUUUGUUACA